UUGACACGGGACAUCGAAACGCUGAAUGGAAAAAUGAGACCGCAUUUCAAAACAAUCAGUAAUAGAGAAGUAAAAGAUAAUUUCCAUUGCAUUUUCAUUUCAACUUUCCCCCCACUACGCACAUGCUAUCGCCCAUACCAUUUGGAAAUGAAACGAUAUUGUGAGACACCACGUCCCUCCCUCAGAAGCGGAAGGGUACAGCUUCGACUGGCUCCGACGAAACAAUAGUCAACUCAAUAGUCGUUUGGGGUGCUGAUCGGUGUUCGUGGAGCGGACCGUCGGUAACAGACAAGCCAUAGUAAUUAUUUGACCGAACUGAGAGCGUAGGGAGCUUACUUCUACGAAUCAAUCUUCGUAUGGACAUUAAAAGCAGGGAUGAGGACCUAGGUCAAGUCCCUAGUGGACUACAGAGGAAUAGAAGACCACGGAGGAAAGGCCUGGCCACCCUGCUGCAUAGAUGGAACGGCUCCACUCUCUGCAACGUCAAUGUUGGCAGCUCAUAGCUCGAGAGCCGGGCCGAGGCCGGUACUCGACCCAUAACGACCUGCACACCAAAAGCUCAGUGGAGUCCCACAGCCCCCCACAGAGAUGGAAAGAGACAAGAAGAACCAUUUUUGCUCGCCAGGGCCCCCACCAGCAAGCGCUCAAAGACAUUGCCAAAGGUUACAAGGGCAACGCCAUCUGCACUACCAAGUACAGCAUAUUGACCUUCAUCCCCUUGAACUUGUUUCAGCAGUUUCACAGGGCAGCCAACCUGUACUUCCUGUUCCUGGCUUUGCUGAACUGGGUGCCGGUUGUUGAAGCCUUUCAGAAGGAAAUUACCAUGAUUCCGUUGCUGGUGGUUCUUGCUGUCAUCGCCGUUAAAGAUGCCUUGGAAGACUACAGGCGCUACCUCUUUGACAAGAACAUCAACAGCAAAGUAGUGCGAGUGUAUUGUGGCAAGAAGAAAGCCUACAUGGAGAAAUGCUGGAAAGAUGUUCAAGUUGGAGACUUUGUUCGUCUGUCCUGCAAUGACAUCAUCCCUGCUGACAUUUUGCUGCUGUACUCCUCUGAUCCUCUCGGCAUAUGUUACAUUGAGACUGCCAACCUGGAUGGAGAGACCAAUCUGAAACAGAGGCAGGUGGUUGCAGGUCUUCCACUGCAGGGAGUGGAGUUUACGCCCGAAAGCUUCCACAGUCGUAUUGAGUGUGAGAAUCCCAACAACGACCUCGGCAGGUUUCGAGGUUUCAUGGAGCACACGAGUGGGGCUCGUGCUGGCCUUCACAAUAACAACCUCCUGCUGAGAAGUUGCACGAUUCGUAAUACAGAAACUGUGGUGGGCAUUGUGGUCUAUGCUGGACAUGAAACCAAAGCCAUGAUGAACAACAGCGGGCCGAGAUAUAAAUGGAGCCAGUUGGAGAAGCGCCUGAACAUUGAUGUCCUGUGGUGUGUGCUGCUGCUGAUCAUCAUGUGUCUCACUGCUGCUAUUGGUCAUGGACUCUGGCUGAAGCAGCUCAAAAAUGCAGUCUUUCUGACUGAAGAGGAGACAUCUCCUGCCCUGGCUGGCUUUUACGUCUUUUGGACCAUGAUAAUUGUGUUACAGGUGCUGAUUCCCAUCUCUCUAUAUGUGUCCAUUGAAAUUGUGAAGCUGGGCCAAAUCUACUUCAUUCAAAACGACAUUUCCCUCUACAAUGAGCAUGUGGACUGCAGGAUCCAGUGCCGUGCUCUCAACAUAACGGAGAACCUGGGUCAGAUCCAGUACUUGUUCUCUGAUAAGACUGGAACUCUUACUGAGAACAAGAUGGUGUUUUGCCGUUGCAGUAUUUAUGGGAUCGAUUAUCCUCAUGCGGAAAACGCUCGAAGACUGAAGUUGUACGAGACGGAGAAGAGUGAAGGUGCUGGUCGCUCCAUGACUCUUAAAUCUGCCUGCGGUGGUGAAUCUCUGCGGUCUCGUUCCCCCAGCAACAACCCCAGCUCAGUAUGUCUGCACACACUCCCUGCUGAGGUAGAGGAACUUUCCAACCACUUCCGUCCUAGAACCGGUGCCUUCUCCAGCCAAAUGGCAAAGGAGGUGAUACCAGACCCUGAGCUGGUGAAGAAAUUGAGCUGGCUUUGCUCUCCUACGCUGCCUCAAGGUGCUGGUUCUUGUGAGACGACAUCCAUUCAAGAACUCACCUACAUCACAGACUUUUUCCUGGCAUUGGCCAUUUGCAACAGUGUCGUGGUGUCCUCUCCCAGCCAGCCUCGAUACACGGUAGCUGAGGCACGAACGCCUAUAAAGUCUUCGGAAGAAAUCCAAAUGAUGUUCCAUCGUUCCGUCAGUUUAUCAUCUUUCUCAGCCCUUUCCACACUUCCGCCUACUCAAAUAAGAGGAAACCCUCGCUGCUCCAGUAUAGUGUUUACACGAGAGAAGACGGGCACCUUCACACACUCUCCUCCACACAGUAGGACUACAGAUGCUUCAACUGUAAACCAUGGGGGUAACGUCGAAACCUCCCAAUGGAGGUGUAAGUUAGACUCUGCAAAUGAGGAAGAGCUCAGCAAUUUACAGGUGGAGGACAAUGCAAAGAACAUGAUCGAUGAAACUGCUGCUGAGAAUGACACAGAUGAUGAACUGCUAUAUGAGGCAGAGAGUCCAGACGAAGCUGCUCUGGUCCAUGCAGCGAGAGCUUACCACUGCACGUUGCGGGGACGGUGUGCAGAGAGCCUUACCGUGAACCUGCCUGGAAUCGGCACUCUGGCUGUCCAACUACUUCACAUCCUGCCUUUUGACUCCAACAGGAAGAGGAUGUCAGUGGUGGUCCGCCAUCCUGUCACUGGACAAGUGGUGGUCUACACCAAAGGAGCAGACUCGGUCAUCAUGGACCUGGCUGAGACACCGAAAGGUGCAGAACAGGUGCCGGAGAGCUAUGGUUACAUUAGAGAGCAAACCCAGAAGCAUUUAGACAGCUAUGCUCGAGAAGGCCUCCGUACUCUCUGCAUUGCUAAAAAGGUGCUGGUGGAAGAGGAGUAUGAGGUGUGGCUCAAGAGUCAUUUGCUGGCAGAGAGCAGCAUUGAGAACCGGGAGGAGCUGCUGCUUGAUUCAGCAGAAAGACUAGAGACCAACCUCACUCUUUUGGGGGCCACUGGCAUUGUCGACAGACUACAGGAGGAGGUGCCAGAGACAAUUGAAUGUCUCCAAAGAGCCGGUAUCAAAGUGUGGGUCCUUACUGGAGACAAACAAGAGACUGCCAUCAACAUUGCCUAUGCUUGUAAACUCAUUUGUCCCAAUGACCAACUUCUGACUGCCAACUGUGAAAGCAAGGAAACCUGUGCAGAACUUCUUGAGGAGCUUAAACUAGAAGUGCAGUGCAGUGAAGAGUACCCAAGUAAAAAGAGUCCUGAGGAAUCAUCCUCAGGGAGUGUGGCCGGCUUCAUAUUAAUCAUAGAUGGCCGGACACUUGCCUGGGCUCUAAAAGAAGAACUCAAGAGUUGCUUUCUGGAGGUGAGCAGUUCCUGCAAGGCUGUCAUCUGCUGCCGUUCCACUCCACUGCAGAAAAGCCAAGUGGUGCGACUGGUCCGGGACCAGCUCAAAGUCAUGACCCUGGCAGUGGGUGACGGGGCCAAUGAUGUGAGCAUGAUCCAAGUGGCUGAUGUGGGCAUAGGGAUAUCCGGACAGGAAGGAAUGCAGGCUGUUAUGUCCAGUGACUUUGCCAUUUCAAGGUUUAGGCACCUCAGUAAGCUGCUGCUGGUUCACGGCCACUGGUGUUUCUCUCGUCUUGCAAACAUGAUCCUGUAUUUUAUUUACAAGAAUGUGAUGUUUGUGAACCUGCUGUUUUGGUAUCAGUUCUUCUGUGGUUUCUCUGGGAGCGUCAUGACCAACUCCUGGGUUCUGAUAUUCUUCAACCUGUUCUUCACCUCUGUUCCUCCUCUCAUCUACGGCAUCCUUGACAAAGACAUAGCUGCAGAUAAACUGAUGCGAAUGCCUGAGCUUUACCAUUCUCUGCAUGCCUCUAAGGCUUACGCUUCAUUUGCCUUCUGGUUCACAGUCCUGGACGCCUUUUACCAAAGCCUGGUUUGCUUUUUUGUGCCCUAUUGUGCCUACGCUGGAUCGGAUGUCGGCGAGCUCUCCUUCGGCUCACCAAUCAACGCCUCAGCUCUCCUCAUCAUCCUGCUCCACCAAGUCAUUGAGAGUCACACUCUGACAUGGAUUCAUGUUGGGGUGUUGGUGCUCAGCGGAGGGUCAUACUUUGCCUUUGUGCUGCUCUUCAGUGUUUGCUGUGUGACCUGUAGCCCCCCUACCAACCCUGUGGGUGUAGAAGUUCUCCAGAUGUCCCAUGCCCUCUUCUACCUUGUGUGUGCUCUCACUACUGUGACAGCCCUGUUGCCCAGACUCCUGUUCCGUGCCCUUUACAACACAAUGCACGGGCCUGCUCCGAUGCAAGCGGCUUACGGGGACAAAGUAGAACCGGAGGAGUACCACAGAAGAAUGCGUCACCGGAACUUGAAGCUCUGUGUGACGAACAGGCGGCCAGAGCAUGCUGACGACACCAGCCUGGAGCACAGCACAGAAUCUGUCGUCUUUUGAUAAUGAAAAGUUCACAUGUAAGGUUGUUGCAAUGUUGUUUUGUCUGUUUACAGUAUUUGCUUGACUUAUUGAGCACAGGAUGGAUGGACUGAUCUUCACAAGAGAUAAUACUCCAGAAAUGAGACUUGGAUAAAACUUUGUAGUAGUUCCAGCUUAAUUAGUCAGCUGUCGUCUGAAAAUGAGUCAACAGAAUAUUGUCUAAAUAGCUGGCAACACAAGUGAAUACACAUCGCAGUUGACAUAGCGGGAGCACUCUUUCUAUGAAGCACUACUUGAACCCGUAAUAUUUCUGGUAAGUGCGCAACAACAGUAAUUGGUUUGGGACAGCACUACACUGCCACACUGAACCACAGCUCCCCAGAGCCGAACUCAUGUAGCGCCAGAGGCUACUGCCAUGCUGUCAUUUUUGGAAAAUUAUGGUAGUGGGAAAGUCAUAAUAUUACAGGAAUAAUGUCAAAAUAUUAUGGGAAUAAAGUCCUAAUUACGAGAUGAAAAUUUACCACAAGAAAGUUGAAAUAUUUACAAAAUGAUAUAUUAAAAAAAAAACAACAAGCAGAAAUGGAAUAAACCAUGAGACAUUUUGCAAGAAUAAAGUCAAAAUACUAAGAGAAAGAAGUCGUAUUCUUACGAGGAAAAAAAGUCACAAAUUGAUGAAAAUGAACAUGUAAUGUGAGGAAAAAUAAUGUCAUUUUGGUUGCAUA